AUGCAGAUCACCCGUAGCUAUUGUCGACUCGCAGGCAGCCCAGCACGAACAACGGCCGUGCGGCGGACGCCUGGGACCUGCAGUACGACGACGCCGAGCUGUGGCACUCGCUGGCUGGCAGCGACGCCUCGGUGGGGAGCAACCUGCCAUCGCCCGGGUGGAACCCAACGGAGCCUGCAGAAACAGAAGAGAGAGCAGACGACCUUUCUCUCGCCGGUGCACGACGUCAUGACAGCGCCACAGACGCCACGUGCCCGGCGCGUGUGGCGGCGCAGCAUGCGGACACUGCUGCCGACCAGUGGAAAAGUCCGGCGGACGAUCUGGAUGCCGUGGUUGCCGAGCUGGCGCGCCGCUACUUCCCUCAUCUGCUACCUCUGUGAGGGAGCUCCCGGUUGCGAGAUGGGCACUGGCUAGCUGGCAUGCAGCUCGCAUUUCAGCGAGCGCAGUUACGUACCACCGGGAUAGGUCUCUUGGCGGUUUCUGGCACUGUGCAUAGACCGCAGGUCGUUAGCUGCUGUUAUUGAUGUUGAUACUCCAAUAAAC